AUGGAUAUUGUAUUACGAGCCCACGACAACCCCCAGGUCAUUUUCUGUUCUAUAUCUCUCCCUCUUGACGCCACAGUUUCUCAGCUGAAGCAGCUUAUAGAAGAUCAGGCUCACAUAAACUCAAACCGUUUGAAGCUUUAUACUUACAUUUGCCAUAUCAAAGUUAUGAUAGUAGAAGGCUGGCUUUGCAGCUUUUUUGGUUUAGCCAACGGCUCUUGUGUCCUUGUUGAGAUUUCUCACUUAAAAGAAAAUGCUGACACAAACACACAAGAGCUUUUAGUAGAAAAAUACACAAAGCGGAGAACAAUUGAUUCAUAUCUUUUACCUCAAGCUAUCAGCGUAUGGUUUAAAUAGGUUUGCAAACGUGGCACAGUUGAGCAGCUAUCAGACAUAAUAGACAAAUUCAAAGCAAGCCAGUCAUACAAAGUACCUAAAGGCGAAAUUACCACAUUUUUGAACAAGCCAUUUACAACUGGAUGAAGGUGCAUCCAUUAUGUUUGCUUGAACGGUAACUUAGAGAUACUCAAAGCUCUUUUGAGCUGAAGAGUCAAUGUAAAUAGAGAAACUGAGGAUGGUUGGACCCCUCUUCAGCUGUGCUCGCUACAUGGACAUUUUGAGUGUGUGAAAACAUUAUUAUCAUAUCCUUCUGUAGAUAUUGAUAAAAUGACAGAAAACAGAGGUACCGCGCUACAUUUAGCAUGCGCCUCAGGCGAAACUGCAGUCGUAGUGUUGCUAAUUGAAAAUGGUGCAUCAAUGACAAUUGAAGACCCUAAUGGGAAAAUUCCUUUGGAAUUGGCUUUGAAGCCUGCAAUUUUGGAAGAAAUUCCAAAGUAUAUGGGCGAGCAGAUGCUUAAGAAAUACACAAAUUCAAAAAUAAAGGACCCUGACAUGCCUCCAAGUUUUUCUGGGAUGAUUUAUUUUCACACCCCAAUGUUUUUGACAGAUAAACAAGUAUUUCUAGUUUUAGACGUAGAAGAAGCCUUUUUAUAUCAUUAUAAAACCCGUGAAAGUUUCCUAGAUAACGAAGAGCCUAGAUUUUCAGUGCUUCUUGAAGAGGUUACAGCUAUAAAAAAUUCAUCAAAUAAAGGCUUUAAUAGAAGUUAUUACUAUAUGAUGGUUGUGGCGAACUCUGUUAAGCUGAAAUAUAACUCAUGCUACCCUGAAGUAAUUGAACAAUGGACUAAUAGAAUUAAAGACGCUGUCAAUUAUUGACAAAAAAGGAAUUUUAAGGGAAGUCCGACCAAUAAAAAUCCUAUACAUUUUGUAACGAUUACUCGAGAGUCUGAUAAUGACGAAUAUGAGUUACCAAGAAUUUUUAUGCUAUUUUUUUAUUAUAUUAUAAAAAUAAUUGUUUCCUAUAAAAAUUGUCAAAUUCCUAUAAUUAAUUAUACAAAUUCUCCUAUAAAAGUUGAAGAAGACGAACCUUUGUCUGCCUUAAAUCGUAUGAUGGAAGAUGACUCUUCGCCAGACCGCAACUACGAAAUCGUCGAAGAAAUCGGUGUAGAGCAGCUCGGACGCCUUUAUAAGCUUGCUAGGGUGUCAGAUGGCAAUGUCUACACCUUAAAAAUGUUCAAUAAAACCUUCCUCCAAAACAUGAACAGCAUAAAAUUUGCCUUAUCCGAGUACAGCGUCCUAAAAAAAAUAAAGCAUCCCUUUAUCAUUUUAAUGUACAAGUCUUAUCAAUCCUCAAACUAUUUGUACCUCAUUCUUGAGCACUGUCCUAAUGGGACUAUCAGAAACCAUUUAGAUUUAAGGAAAAGGCUUGAUGAAGACACUGCAAAAUUUUAUUUAGCAGAGACAGUCCUUGCGUUAAGCUUUUUACAUAAGCACGAUAUUGUAUAUAGAGGACUCAAGCCUGAAUCAAUUUAUAUUGACGCCCCUGGACAUAUUAGGAUUGCAAAUUUUUAUCUGGCCAAAGAAAACGUUAGUGACACAAAUCCCACAAAAACUUUUUGUGGAGCGCCUGCUUAUAUGGCGCCAGAAACACUGCAUAAACAAGGGAUUUAUCAAGCUAUUGAUAUAUAUAGUUUAGGGUCGCUGCUAUAUGAAAUGCUUACUGGGAUCCCUCCUUAUUAUAAUGAAGACACACAGAUUUUAUAUAAAAAUAUAAAAACGGCUAAACUUACGUUUCCUUCCUUUGUAAGCGAAGAAGCAAAGAAUUUAAUUAUACUCUGCAUGAAUAGAAACCCAGCAAAAAGGCCGACUAUUUCAGAUAUCAAAAAGCAUGACUUUUUUAAAGGGACUGAUUGGAAACAAUUAGUAAGAAAACAAAUAAGGCCGCCUAGGCUAGGACCUGAAUGGAACCAAACUGACAAUAUAGAUGAACAAGUAAGUUUCCCUAGAAGGUAUAUGAGGACUUUGUCUGAAAGUGUAGUAAGCAUAAAAAUUUAA